AUGAAUUUAAGUGCAAAUGAGACUCUAUUCUUGUCUGUUGAUAAAAUCAAAAUUUUCACCUAUAAUGUGUGCACUGUUGCUCCACCCAAUAUUGUUUCAGAUGGCUUAUGGGGUGGCCAACUUAAUGGACGGACUCCAUUCAAAUCUUCACUCCCAUUGUUUGAGUUGCAGGUGCUUGUAAUUUUUGCUAUCACCCAAAUCUGCCAAUUCCUCUUACAGAGCUUUGACUUCCCUCAAUUUAUUCCACAAAUGAUAGUUGGCCUGAUUCUAGGCCCUGCUGUUCAGGUAGAGAUGCUGGACAAAUACAAAAGGAAGUUGUUUCCAUUUCCAAGUCAGGACACACUUGCAACAAUAUCAUCAAUUGGUUAUGCACUUUUCAUCUUUACAAGUGGUGUGCAAAUGGAUUUGAGCAUGAUAACCAGGACAGGACACAGGGCAUGGGCCAUUGCUAUUAUUGGAUUGGCUGUGCCGAUACUUAUUUGUAUUCCAACCAUAAUCAGCAUUGAACGUUUAAGUCUUCCUGUUGAAUAUCAAAUCUUUAAUGCUACUGCUAUAGUUCUACCAGAAACUGUAAUUUCAUUUGCAGUAGUUGCUUCCCUCCUCAAUGAACUUAAAAUCCUUAACUCUGAACUUGGCAGGUUGGCGUUAUCCUCAGUACUGGUGAGUGACAUAUUAAGCAAAACCAUUAUAUGCGUUGCCAGUAUCUUUAUGGAUGCCAACGAAAACCAGAAUAUUUUUGUGCUCUUGGUAUCAUUGAUUGCCUUUGGCAUCUUUGUUCCAUUAUUUUUUCGACCAGCAAUGUUUUGGAUCAUCAAACGUACUGCAGAAGGAAGACCUGUGAAUGAUGGUUAUGUCUAUGCUGUCAUCACAAUGGUAUUUGCAUUAGGUUGGGUUGCAGUUCAAAUACAUCAAGAAUUCAUCCUAGGAGCUUUUAUGUUGGGGUUGGCUGUGCCAGAAGGACCUCCAUUAGGAUCUGCAUUGGUCAAGAAGCUUCACUUCUUUGGUAACUGUUUCUUCUUGCCAAUAUUUGUCACUUGCAGUAUGAUGAAGGCAGAUUUUUCCAAGCACUUUUCAUCAAAAGUAGUUAUGAUCACUGCUUUCAGCUCUCUUUUCAUUCACCUUGUCAAAGUAAUAGCAUGCACUAUACCUGCCCUCUUUUGCAAGAUUCCCUUCAAAGAUGCCUUGACUCUUGGCCUCAUUUUGAACGUUAAAGGCGUAGUGGAAGUCGGCAUCUAUGGUAUCUUAUAUGACGAAGGGAUUAUUAAUGGUCCUACUUAUGGAGUAAUGAUGAUCAACAUAAUGGUCAUUGCAAGCAUAGUGAAAUGGUCUGUGAAACUAUUGUAUGAUCCAUCAAGAAAAUACGCUGGCUACCAGAAAAGGAACAUAGCGAGUUUAAAACCAGACUCGGAGCUGAGAGUAGUUGCCUGCCUUCAUAAAACACACCAUGUAUCUGUUGUGAAAGAUUUCCUUGACCUUUGUUGUCCAACAACAGAAGACCCCAUCACUGUGGAUGCAUUGCAUCUAAUUGAGCUAGUCGGAAGGGCCUCUCCCAUUUUCAUUUCCCAUCGCAUUCAAAGAACGAUUUCAUCAAGUGGCCACAAGUCUUAUUCAGAUGAUGUCAUUCUUGCUUUUGACCUCUAUGAACAUGACAACAUGGGUGCAGUAACUGCACACGUUUACACAGCCAUAUCUCCACCCUCCCUGAUGCAUGAGGAUGUUUGUCAUUUAGCAUUGGACAAAGUGGCAUCUAUUAUAAUUCUUCCAUUCCAUCUAAGAUGGUCUGGUGAUGGUGCCAUAGAAUCUGAUGACAAGAACAUGAGGGCUUUAAAUUGUAAGCUCUUAGAAAUAGCUCCAUGCUCAGUUGGAAUCCUUGUUGGUCGUUCUACCAUUCAUAGUGACUCAUUCAUUCGGGUAGCAAUGAUUUUUCUGGGCGGAAAAGAUGACCGAGAGGCUUUGUGCUUAGCCAAACGAGCAACGAGGAAUCCAAGGGUCAACUUGGUUGUGUACCACCUUGCUCCUAAGGAACACACACCAGACAUGGAGUAUAUACGAGAUAAUGAGGCACUAAAACAUGUUAAGAAACCACACUUGGGAAAUGUAAGUUAUCAAAAAGUCAUAGUGAAUGGUGGACCAGAGACAUCUCUUCUUCUUCGCCAAAUAGUAAAUGAACAUCACUUUUUCAUAGUUGGGAGAACACAUGAGUUAAACUCACCUCAGACGGUUGGGCUUACAACUUGGAUUGAAUUUUCAGAGCUAGGUGUCAUUGGUGAUUUGCUUGCUUCAUCAGAUUUUGAAAGCAGACCGUGUGUUUUGGUAGUGCAGCAACAAGUAAAAGAAACAUCAUAGUAGGUGGAAAUUCUAGUAGCCAAACAACAUGGUUACUCUUUUCACUUGUACAAAUAA